CGAGUCGCAUCGUGUGCUUGUAUAAGAUCACCCGGGAUGCAGCAGAGUUGCAGGGCUGAACAAGGCGGUCUCUAGUGUUGAUGUAUGUACAAUACAUACAUAGCGGCGAGAGUCGACUCCUGUCUCACAUAAGUAUGCAUGCUAGCAAGGAUGAAGUCGGCGGCCUGCUUGAACUGCCCUGUGGCUGGAGUAGGUUGUUGCAGCGUCUUGCAAUUGAGGGCAUCGCGCGUCGCGACAUGGAGUCAAAAAGCGCCAGAAGUGUCCAUAGCGUUCCAAUCACUACUCCGUACUAGAUGGCCCGGUCAGGCACAGAGCAGCCUGCCCGCAGUCGGGAUCGUUUUGCCAGAGACCGGGCCGCCCGUUGACAUGCCGCUGAACCGUGCCGCCCAUCCUGUCAAAGAGGACGCUGAUUCGGCAAGUUUACCGGGUAUUGUGUGCUUUUGCCGCUCAUUUCAGCUGAGUUGAAGUCUGUAUGUACAAUACUGCACAUGCCUUCGUACUCUGUGCCCAGCACUACGGAUUAAAUUUGAACUUCACAGAUUCAGCGAUCGGACGGGAGUUCAACAUCAUCGGAUCUGGUUGAGGUGGGUCCGCUAAAGUUAUGGGGAGUCUUAG